CCGGGCGGGCGGCGGGAGGCGGGGUCGGCGCGCCCAGUCCAGCCACGUGCGGUUGUUUCCGUGCCGGGCGGUCACGUGAGCUGCGUCAGCUGACCCGUCGCGGCGGAGCCAGGCGCUGGCGCCCCGCUGCCUCUGCCCCGCCGCGCCGCGCUGGAGCGCCGGACCCUGCGCAGGGGUAAGGGUGUCCCCGCUCUCCCGUCCUGCGGCCCCUGCGCGCCCCGGCCGCCCCCGGCCCGGCCCCUGGCCCUCGGCCCGCGCAGCGCGCCGGGCCCGGCACCCCGGAAGCCGCCGCCCCGCGCUGCCCCCAGGUGUCCUGGAGGGGAUGGCCCUGGGGAGCAAGCGGCGGGAAAUUGCCCCCAGCGCGGCGGCCCCGGGAUGGUCCCCGCCUCCGAACCCGGACAUGCAGGAACUGCUCCAGAGAGUGGAGCGGGACCUCAACAUCGAUGCCCGGCAGCUGGCCCCGGCCCCAGGAGGCACCCACGUGGUGGCUCUCGUGCCCUCACGCUGGCUGGCCAGCAUCCGCGAGCGCCGGCUGCCCCCGGGCCCCUGUCCCCGGGCCGAGGGGCUGGGCGAGGCGGAAGUCAGGACACUCCUGCAGCGCUCAGUGCAGAGGCUGCCUCCGGGCUGGACGCGUGUGGAGGUGCACGGGCUGCGGAAACGGAGGCUGGCUUACCCGUUGGGCGGUGGCCUGCCCCCCGAGGACGUCUCGGGCAGCCCGGAGACCCUCAAUCGCUUCAUGCGGGAUGUGGCUGCCCAGAAUUACCGGAACCUAUGGCACCAUGCUUAUCAGACUUACGGGCAGCCCUAUAGCCAUAGUCCUCCCCCCUUGGCCGGCCCUGCCCUGGACUCAGUCCGACAGGCUCUUCAGAGGGUCUAUGGUUGCCCGUUCCUGCCCUUGGGGGAAGCCACUCCGUGCCCAUCCUAUAUCAGAGAUGGUUCCUGCCCUCCGCGGGGCAGCCCUGCCUGUCCCAGCCUUCUGAGAGCUGAGGCCCUGCUGGAAUCCCCAGAGAUGCUCUACGUACUCCAUCCAUACAUGCAGUUCUCCCUGCAUGAUGUGGUCACCUUCAGCCCUGCCAAACUGACUAACAGCCAAGCCAAGGUGCUCUUCAUUCUCUUCCGCGUGCUGCGGGCCAUGGAGGCCUGUCACCGCCAGGGACUUGCCUGUGGGGCCCUAUCUCUGUACCACAUCGCAGUGGAUGAGAAGCUGUGCAGUGAGCUCCGGCUGGACCUGAGUGCUUAUGAGAGGCCUGAGGAGGAUGAGGACCGGGAUAUCCCGGUAAGCAGGACCGGGCCGGCCAUUAAGCCUGCAGACUCAGGGGAACGGACCGUUGGGAGUGUCACUUGCCAGGAGGAACUCAGGGGCCUUGUGCUGGACUGGGUUCACGGCCGCAUCAGCAACUUCCACUACCUCAUGCAGCUGAAUCGGUUGGCGGGACGCCGGCAGGGGGACCCCAACUACCACCCUGUGCUGCCUUGGGUGGUGGAUUUCACCACACCGCACGGGCGCUUCCGGGACCUGUGCAAGUCAAAGUUCCGUCUCAACAAGGGGGACAAGCAGUUGGACUUCACCUAUGAGAUGACGCGGCAGGCGUUCGUCGCAGGUGGCACUGGGGGUGGGGAGCCCCCCCACGUGCCUCACCACAUCUCUGACGUGCUCUCGGACAUCACCUACUAUGUGUACAAGGCGCGGCGCACACCCCGCUCCGUGCUCUGCGGACAUGUGAGGGCUCAGUGGGAGCCCCACGAGUACCCCGCCAGCAUGGAGCGGAUGCAGAACUGGACUCCUGACGAAUGCAUCCCCGAGUUCUAUACCGACCCCUCUAUUUUCUGCUCCAUCCACCCUGAUAUGCCGGAUCUGGACGUGCCGUCCUGGUGCAGCUCUGGCCAGGAGUUUGUGGCAGCCCACCGGGCACUGCUGGAGAGCCGCGAGGUGUCGCAGGACCUGCACCACUGGAUCGAUCUCACCUUCGGCUACAAGCUCCAGGGCAAGGAGGCCGUGAAGGAGAAGAAUGUGUGUCUGCACCUGGUGGACGCACACACGCACCUCACCAGCUUUGGCGUGGUGCAGCUCUUUGACCAGCCUCAUCCCCGGCGCCUGGCCGGGGCACCUACCCUGGCCCCUGAGCCUCCACUCAUCCCCAGGCUGUUGUUCCAGACCAUCCAGGAGAGCACUGGCCGGGAGGACUUCCCAGGACAGCUUCCAAACGGGGCCGGUAGACUGGUUUUGGAGGCUACCCCGUGUGUGACUGGUUGGAGCAGGGACCGGCAGGUGGCAGGGGAGGAUGACUUGGAGCAGGCCACUGAAGCUCUGGAUUCCAUCGCCCUAGCCGGGAAAGCUGCUGACCAGCUGGGCCCCUCCGCCUCCUCCUCGCCUUCCUCUUCCUCCGCCACCUCCCUUCAGGGCCCCCCGGGCCUCCUUUCUUUCUCGGUGGCCUCUGCCUCUCGUCCUAGCCGCAGGAGCAAAAUGACGGGAGCAGACCUGGGGGACGGGGAGGAGGGGAAAAUCCUUCUCCCAGAGGGCUUCAACCCCUUGCAGGCUCUGGAAGAACUGGAGAAACUCGGCCACUUCCUGACCAAAGGCCUCGGGGGCCGGUUGGAGGCGGCAGAGAAGCCCCAACUCCAUUCCCCAGUGCAGCUCCGGGACCUCUUCCACCGGGACAUGCAGGCGCUGGGGGUCCUGCUGGCCGAGAUGGUAUUUGCCACCCGUGUCCGAACGCUGCAACCAGAUGCGCCUUUGUGGAUGCGCUUUGAGGCGGUUCGGGGACUCUGCACGCGUCACCCCAAGGAGAUCCCUGUGUCUCUUCAGCCCGUGCUGGAUGUGCUCCUGCAGCUGAGCGGACCUGAAGGUCUCGUGGGUCCCCAGGACAAGCCAGACCCCUUGUUUGCCUACAGACCCAUCUCCCAGGGGCUGCCCCCCCCCUGCCCGACCCAGCUCCUCAGCCCUUUCAGCUCUGUGGUCCCCUUUCCCCCCUACUUCCCAGCGCUGCACAAGUUCAUCCUGCUGUACCAGUCACGGCGCGUGGAGGACGAGGCCCAGGGCCGCGAGCUGGUCUUCAGCCUGUGGCAGCAUCUGGGUGCUGUGCUGAGUGACAUCACCCCCGAGGGCCUGGAGAUCCUGCUGCCUUUUGUGCUGUCCCUCAUGUCCGAGGAGCACACGGCCGUCUACACAGCCUGGUAUCUCUUUGAGCCCGUGGCCAAGGCCCUGGGCCCCAAAAAUGCCAAUAAGUACCUUCUGAAGCCUCUCAUCGGGGCCUACGAGAGCCCCUGCCGGCUCCACGGCCGCUUCUACCUGUACACCGACUGCUUCGUGGCCCAGCUGAUGGUGCGGCUGGGGCUGCAGGCCUUCCUCGUGCACCUGCUGCCCCACGUCCUACAGGUGCUGGCCGGGGUGGAGGCCUCCCCAGAGGAGAGCAAGGGCCUGACGGGGGCUGCUGAGGACGAAGAGAACGAGCUCCCCGGGGCCAGACCCAGCUCCUGUGCCUUCGGGGAGGAGAUUCAGAUGGACGAGGAGCCGGCUGCCGCCUCAGGCCUGGGGCUCCCGGACUACACGUCUGGCGUCAGCUUCCGCGACCAGGCUGACCUCCCCGAGACCGAGGACUUCCAGACUGGCCUCUAUGUGACUGCAUCUCCACAGCCCCAGGAGGCCGAGGCCGUGAGUCUCGGCCGGCUGAGCGACAAGAGCAGCACCAGCGAGACCUCUCUGGGCGAGGAGCGGGUGGCAGACGAGGGGGCCGCACCCCUGGACAAGAGCAGCCUCAGGUCGGGUGACAGCAGCCAGGACCUGAAGCAGAGUGAGGGAUCGGAGGACGAGGAGGAGGAGGAGGAGGAGGAAGGCUGCGUGGUGCUGGAGGAGGAGGAGGAGGAGGGCGAGGGCGAGCCGGAGGAGGGCCCUGGGGGGGCUGAGCUCACUCUCGCUGACACGGUGCUGUCCAUGGAGACGGUGGUGACUGGCGGCGGCGGGACAGACCAGGAGGAAGAAGAGGAACCGCUGACGGAGCAGUCAGAGGACAAAGAGCAGAAGAUCCUUCUAGAUACAGCCUGCAAGACGGUUCGCUGGCUCUCUGCCAAGCUCGGCCCCACGGUUGCCUCUCGCCAUGUGGCCCGGAACCUGCUGCGCCUGCUAACGUCAUGCUACGUGGGGCCCACCCGGCAGCAGUUCACGGUGAGCAGUGGAGAGAGCCCCCCGCUGAGUGCUGGCAACAUCUACCAGAAGAGACCCGUGCUGGGUGACGUGGUGUCAGGGCCCGUGCUCAGCUGCCUCCUGCACAUCGCGCGCCUGUACGGGGAGCCCGUGCUCACCUACCAGUACUUGCCCUACAUCAGCUAUCUGGUGGCCCUGGGGGGGCCCUCCAGUCCCAGUCGACUUAAUAGCCGUAAGGAGGCGGGGCUGCUGGCCGCUGUGACGCUGACCCAGAAGAUCAUCGUGUACCUGUCGGACACCACCCUCAUGGACAUCCUGCCCCGCAUCAGCCACGAGGUCCUGCUGCCGGUGCUCAGCUUCCUCACCUCCCUUGUCACAGGCUUCCCGAGUGGGGCUCAGGCCCGGACGGUGCUGUGUGUGAAGACCAUCAGCCUCAUCGCACUCAUCUGCCUGCGCAUUGGACAGGAGAUGGUGCAACAGCACCUGAGUGAGCCCGUGGCCACCUUCUUCCAGGUCUUCUCUCAGCUGCACGAGCUCCAGAAGCAGGAUCUGAAGCUGGAUUCGGCAGGCCGUGGAGAGGGCCAGCUGCCAGAGGUGACCUUCUCUGACGGGCAGCAGCGGCUGGUGGACCCUACUCUGCUGGACGAGCUGCAGAAGGUGUUCACCCUGGAGAUGGCGUACACCAUCUACGUGCCCUUCUCCUGCCUGUUGGGUGACAUCAUCCAGAAAGUCAUCCCUAACCACGAACUGGUAGGGGAACUGGCGGGGUUGUACCUGGAGAGCAUCAGUUCCAGCGGCCACAACCUGGCCAGCACAGAGCCCACGGCACCCAGCACGGGCCCCGAGUGGGACCCCCACCCGGUCGGGGCCUGCAGCCAGGACGACAGCCACUCGGGGACCUUUGGGAGUGUGCUAGUGGGCAACCGCAUCCAGAUCCCCAGCGGCUCCCAGGCCGACAGCCCCGGGCCCCUGGGCCCCAUCUCCGGGGCGGGCGUUGGCGGCGGAGGCCUGGGCGGCGAGAGCGAGGACAACGCCCUGAAGCGGGAGCUGCCCCGGAGCGCGCACGGGCUGAGCGGGAACUGGCUGGCCUACUGGCAGUACGAGAUCGGCGUCAGCCAGCACGACGCCCACUUCCACUUCCACCAGAUCCGCCUGCAGAGCUUCCCGGGCCACUCGGGAGCCGUCAAGUGCGUGGCCCCGCUCAGUGGCGAGGACUUCUUCCUGAGCGGCAGCAAGGACCGCACCGUGCGCCUCUGGCCACUCUACAACUCAGGUGAUGGCACGAGCGAGACGUCGCCACGUCUCGUCUAUGCCCAGCACCGCAAGAGCGUCUUCUUCGCUGGCCAGCUGGAGGCCCCGCAGUGUGUAGUGACCUGUGACGGGGCUGUGCAUGUCUGGGACCCCUUCACGGGAAAGACCAUCCGCACGGUGGAGCCCUCAGACAGCCGGAUGCCCCUGACAGCGGUGGCGCUCAUGCCCGCCCCCCACACCAGCAUCACCAUGGCCAGCUCAGACUCCACUCUGCGCUUUGUGGACUGCAGGAAGCCUGGCCUGCAGCAUGAGUUCCGCCUGGGAGGUGGGCUGAACCCUGGGCUUGUCCGCUCCCUGGCCGUCAGCCCCAGCGGCCGGAGCGUCGUGGCCGGCUUCUCCUCGGGCUUCAUGGUGCUUCUGGACACACGCACAGGCCUGGUUCUUCGAGGCUGGCCGGCCCACGAAGGGGACAUCCUGCAGAUCAAGGCCGUGGAGGGCAGCGUCCUGAUCAGCUCCUCGUCCGAUCACUCCCUGACCGUGUGGAAGGAGCUGGAACAGAAGCCCACGCACCACUACAAGUCGGCCUCCGACCCCAUCCACACCUUCGACCUCUACGGCAACGAGGUGGUCACUGGCACUGUGGCCAACAAGAUUGGUGUCUGCUCGCUGCUCGAGCCGCCCUCGCAGGCCACCACCAAGCUCAGCUCCGAGAACUUCAAGGGCACACUCACCAGCCUGGCCUUGCUGCCCACCAAGCGGCACCUCCUACUGGGCUCGGACAAUGGCGUCAUCCGCCUCUUGGCCUAGACUGGGGGGGGGUGGGGAUGAGCAGACACCCCUCCCUUUAACCUCCCCUCCCCGCUUCCCCCCUGCAGCUGCUUCCAGACCAGUCCCCGGACCUGUACUGCCGGCAGGAAGCCGGGAGAAGGCGCCCUUGCGCUCUGCCCGCUGUGUCCACCUGGGAGAGGGGCGUUCUGGGAAGGGAGGGGACAUGGGCCCGGCCCUGCUCCUCUCCGCCAAGACGCCCCCUCCCCAGCUGGAUUCUGUCUUCCUCAUUCUGCAGGGACAGAGAAACCCGGGGCUGCCAGGCUCCCGAGAGCUGGCCGUAGCCCAGGAGCUACGAGCCUCGAGCUGGAGUCUAACCCAGCCUGGCCCUGCCCAGGGUGGGAAUGCAGAUGGGAAGAAGAGGGCAGAGCGGGAGAGGGAGGUGGACUGGACCGGCUGGUGCCCAGCAGGAGCACCCCUCUGCCUUGCCUGCCCCCCCACCACAGUGUUUGUGCCUUGAGCCGAGGAGGCGGCCCCCCGCCCCGGCCCUCCAUCCCUGGGAGGUGGCCCACAGCCCUGAGAGAAGGGGGUGAGAAGAAUCCUUUGCAUCUCAGGUCUCUCCCAGAGCACUCCUGGGCCCCAAUUCCAGACCAGAGAUGAGGUCUGGGGCAGGCCCUGCCGCCUCCUCACAUUUGCAAUAGAUGUAAAUAUAACCAAUAAAUCCUGCGGGAAAGCCAUGGAACGCCAGGAGAGCUGGGUGUUUUUCUGCGGUUAGGGGGUGGAGGCCAGGCUCUCGUGCAUGCCAGGCAGAUGCCCUUCCACUAAGCGACAUCCCUGACCUCAUGAGGCUUUCU